AUGUCAAAAAAUUCGGCAGAGUAUAAAGAACUACUUGAUUUGAAAUCUAGUGGCAAGUAUGUUCCUCCAGCAAAGUUGAAAGCGCUACAAACAAAAAUCAGCAAUUCAUCUGAAUCAACAAGUGAAGAGUAUCAAGUGGUACAGUGGGAACAAUUAAAACGAUCCAUUAACAGACAAGUAAAUAAAUGCAAUGUAUCAAAUGUACGUGAAAUAGUGAUUGAGUUAUUCAAAUUGAAUUUGCACAGGGGAAAGGGUUUGUUGAUACGAUCAAUAAUGAAAGCACAAUUAACAGACUUGAUAUUUACACCAGUAUAUGCAUCCUUAAUAGCAGUAUUGAACUCCAAAAUCCCAGAAAUAGGGGAAUUGAUGCUUAAUCGUUUGCUUCUUCAAUUUCGGAAAAAUUAUGUUAAAAACAAGAAGAAUUGUAUCUCAUCUGCAAUUUUCUUGGUGCAUCUUAUAAAUCAGAGAGUGUGCAGCGAAAUACUAAUCUUGCAAAUUCUUCAGUUAUUGCUUGAAAAUCCCACAAACGAUUCUAUAGAAAUAUGUGUGGAGAUAAUGAAUCAAGUUGGUAAAUACUUGCAAGAGAACUCUGUAGCUGCAAACAACAUGAUAUUUAACAGGUUAAGAAUUAUACUACACGAGAAUGAAAAUAUAAAUGAUAGGAGUCAAUUCUUGAUUGAGAACCUAUUCAAGACUAGAAAAGAUGGUUAUUCUCAGUAUCCAAGUAUAAAGAAGGAAUUAGAUUUGGUAGAAUUUGACGAUCAAGAAACCCAUAUACUUGAAUUAGAUGCUAAAGUUAAAUCUAAUGACCAACUAAACAUAUUUCAAUUUGAUGAAAGAUAUAAUGACCAUGAGAAACAAUAUGAUGCUGUGAGGAAAGACAUAUUGGGUGAUAGUGAUGAAGAAGAUGAUGAGAGUGAUGAAGAAGAGAGUGAAGAAGACAACAAAGAAAUUCUUGAGAUAAAAGAUAUGACAGAAUCAAACUUACUCAACUAUCAAAAGACCGUGUAUUUGACUGUUAUGUCAAGUAUGUCAUCGGAUGAAGCUGUUCACAAAUUGAUAAAACUAAAUUUUAAAAAAUCAAACGAAGAAAAGUACAAGAAUAACGAAAUAUUAGUAGAUAUGAUUAUCAAGUGCUGCUCACAAGAGAAAACAUACUCAAAGUACUAUGGGGUAAUCGGUGAAAAAUUGUGCUCGAUGAAUAAGCAUUGGCAUACGAUUUUUGUUGAUACAUUUAAAAAGUAUUAUAGCACAAUCCAUCAAUUCGAAACAAAUUCAUUGCGGAAUAUAGGUAAAUUUUUUGGGCAUUUGUUUGCGCUGGAUAAAUUAGCUAUAGAAAAAAGCUGGAACAUCAUUAAACUCACAGAAGAAGAUACCAAUUCUGCAAGCAGAAUUUUCAUCAAAUUUAUAUUUCAAGAAAUCAUUGAAGAGAUCGGUAUAAAGGGCCUACAGGAAAGACUCGAUGACGAUCUAAUUAGAAAGGAAACAAAUGGUUUGUUUCCGAGACAAGACGUCACAUAUAGGGAUGCGGAAAAUAUCAGGUUCUCUAUUAACUUUUUCACGGCAAUUGGUCUAGGUGUAUUGACUGAAGAAAUGAGAGACGUUUUGAAAAACUUACCGCCAGAAGAACGAGGUAGAAGUCACAGUAUUUCUGGUAGCUCCAGAAGUGGAAGCUCAAGUUACUCAAGAAGCCGAAGCUAUUCUCGAAGCUCUGGAAGUUAUAGUCGCUCAAGAAGUAACUCAAGAAGCCGCUCAAGAAGUCGUUCGGAGAGCCUUACGAGAGGUCGGACAAUGUCUCGCGACAGAAGUAGAAGCUUCUCCCGUAGUAGGAGCACCAGUAGAAGCAGAGGUGAUUCCUUUUCGCGAUCGCCUAGCCGAUCGCCUAGCCGAUCGCCCGCUGACUCAAAACGACUCAAACCAAAUUGA